AUGGCCGAAAUGAUCUCGAGCGCCGCCACAGGUUUGUUGGGCUCCGUCAUCGACAAGCUGGCCGCCAUGCUCACCGACAAGUACAACCUCACCAGAGACGUCAAGCAAGGGAUCCGGUCCCUGCAAGACGAGCUGCACACCAUGGAAGCCAUGCUGUUGAGGCUCGAAGACAAGGACGACGACCAGAUCGAUCCACUCGCCAAAGACUGGAGGAGCAAGGUGCGUGAGCUGUCCUACGAUAUUGAGGAUUGCAUCGACCGUUUUGUGCUCAAUCACAGCCAUGGAGAUGGAGGUUCCACGGCCAACUUCGUGCACAAGGCCAUUCAAAUGGUGAAAACGUUGUUCAAGGACAGAGGAAUAGCAGAGGAGAUCCGACGACUCAAGAGGCUCGUGAGCGAGCAGAGCGAGCGGGGGAAACACUACUACGACAUCAAUCAGUGUCUCCUCGCCUCUUCAUCUCAGCCAAUGCUCUUCGAUCCUCGAGCACCUGCACUCUUUCAGGAGUACAGGGAUCUUGUUGGAAUCGAUGCUCCUCGUGAGGAGAUCAUCAGCUUAUUGAGAUGUGAAGACAAGGAGCACAAGGCGGUGUCCAUCUAUGGGAUAGGUGGACAGGGGAAGACCACUCUCGCCAUGGAGGUGUACCACAAAAUCACUGAAGCUGCUUUUGAUAGCCGGGCUUUUGUGUCUGUUUCACAAACUCCAGAUAUGAAGAAACUUCUUAGAGAUAUAUUGUCUCAAAUAAGCAAGAGCCAUUUUGACCAGUCACAGAUGUUAGAGACAGUUGAGCAGCUCAUCCGCACAGUGAAAGAAUGCUUAAAGGACAAGAGGUACUUCAUCUUGAUUGAUGAUAUCUGGAAUGUCGAUGCAUGGGAGCUUGUACGAUCUGCCUUACCUCGCAAUGACAGGAGAAGCAGAAUUAUUACUACAACAUGCAUUGAAGCAGUAGCCAAAUCUUGUUGUACUGUUGACAAAGAUUCUCCCAUUGAUAAGAUGAAAAGAAUUCUGCUGCUGAGUUACGUUGACCUUCCUCACCAUCUAAAGAGUUGUUUGUUAUAUCUGAGUGUGUUUCCAGAGGAUUAUCCCAUUGAUUGCCGACAGUUGAUAUUGCUAUGGGUAGCCGAAGGACUGAUUCCUGGACAGGAUAGGGAAAGUAUGGAGCAGCUAGGGAGAAGUUACUUGAAUGAGCUCAUCAAUAGAAGUUUGGUGCAGCCAGCCAAGGUUGGGGGACACGGCGCAACAGUGAAACAGUGUAGAGUUCACGAUGUCAUACUUGAGUUCAUUGUAUCAAAGGCUGUGGACAACUUUGUUACUAUAUGGAAUGGUAAUGGUUUUUCUAAAAAUUCUUCUUCAAACAAGAUUCGCCGUCUAUCCAUCCAAAAAGACAUUUCUUCCCGGGCGGAAGAGAUUGCCAAGAUGACAAAAAAUGGAGGUCAGAUCCGAUCCAUCAAUAUCUUUGGCUCAAAUUCAGUUCUUAAACAGCCAAGUCUUGCGAGUGCUGAAUAUAGAAGGCGUUGGAAGAGCUAUCAAGGAUCGAUUUGGGUAUUCAAAGGACUCGGUGAUCUGACCAAUCUGAAAUUACUUCAAAUUGAUUGGCCAUGCUCUAUUGAAUUACGUGAUAUGAAGGAUCACAAGAAACCAUCUAUCUCAACGCUCUCCAGGCUGUUCAGGCACCUGCGAGAACUACGUGUGUGGCAGAGUGAUCCUGAUGCCACAUGUUCAUUCAUGUCUUCGUGUGUCCCUACUUCACCACCACUUCAAAUGCUUCUUCUUGAUACACAUAACUUAAAUAGGGUGGGCCCACAAAUUAGCUCACUAGUCAACCUGUCUCGCCUCUACAUUCGUGUCCAUGGUGAAGCAGGCAAGGAAGGAAUAAAUAUCCUAGCAAGUUUACCCAUGCUGCUCUCUCUUACUGUUGUCUUACCCAAUGACCAAGAUGGAGAUUCAGGCAUCGUCUACCUAAGGAACGCAAUCAACCCACAAGGAUUUCAGCGUUUGCUCAAGUUUCAUUUUCGCUGUUAUUGGUGUGACACGGCAUUGGAGUUUGAGCCGGGAGCCAUGCCAAAGCUCGAAAGGCUCAAACUGCGCCUGAUGGCACGGUGCCAGUUCAAGUGGGAAGGUGGCCUGGUCCUUGGUCUGCAGAAUUUAGCAGGCCUCAAACAUGUCGACGUCGAUGUUGACUGCUCUGCUGCUGUUGCCGACGUGGUGGAGGCGUCCAUCCCAAUAGUCCCAUGCUCCAGGUAA